AUGGCUCCUCUUGUUACGUUACUCUCUGCAGAACCAGAGAUACAGUAUGUUGCCUUAAGAAAUAUCAACCUCAUUGUCCAAGGCGGCCUACUAUUCUCGCCCAUGAAAUUAAGGUGUUUUUCUGCAAGUACAAUGACCCAAUUUAUGUGAAGAUGGAGAAAUUAGAAAUCAUGAUAAAGCUUGCUUCGGACAAAAAUAUUGACCAGGUUCUGCUGGAAUUCAAGGAGUGUGCUACAGAAGUAGAUGUCGAUUUUGUUAGAAAGGCAGUCCGUGCUAUUGAUCGCUGUGCAAUCAAGUUGGAGAGAGCAGCAGAGCGAUGCAUCAGUGUUUUGCUGGAGCUGAUUAAGAUUAAAGUCAAUUAUGUGGUUCAAGAAGCCAUUAUUGUUAUUAAGGACAUAUUCAGAAGAUAUCCUAACAUCUAUGAGUCCAUCAAUGCUACCCUAUGUGAGAGCUUAGACACUCUUGAUGAGCCAGAGGCCAAGUCAUCAAUGAUUUGGAUUAUUGGCGAAUAUGCAGAAAGAAUUGACAAUGCUGAUGAGCUGCUAGAGAGCUUUCUGGAGAGUUUCCUGAAGAGCCUUCACAAGUCCAGUUGCAAUUAUUGACAGCGACUGUCAAAUUAUUUUUGCAGAAGCCAAC